CAAAACAUCGCUAGUCUUUGUCCAUUUUCUUAAAACGGUGCUGUUAUAUAUCUCUUCUUUCAUUGAAAAUUGCAACUCUUUUUCCCUUUUCAAUUCAAUUGCUACUAUCUUUGAUUGGUUAUGAUAACAUUUAAGAAUAAUGAAUUAUUAUCCAUUCUUCUUAUAGCUUCUCUCUGGUGUUUAUCCUUGCUGGCUUCUCUAGUUUAAUACCCGGGUUUGAACUUAAACACCCACCAAUUUUUUUCUAAUUUUUUGGGUGCUUUUUCUAGGUUUAAUUUGAACUUCUUGUGUUGUUUAAAAACAAUGUGGAGUCAAAUAGCCUGUUGGAUUCAGUUUCUUUUUUUAUGAAGGGUAUGGGAUAAGGGUUUUCGAGUGAUAAACCCGAGAUUUGGGAAGAAAAUUAUAAUCAGUAAGUGUCCCCUGCUACCCCCAUUAAUGAGUUGUUUGUGGAGUGGGGAGGGGGAGUAAAGGUCUUUUGAUGCCAUAAUUUUGAAAAAAAUCAAUUGGUGUCAAUUGUAGACCAUGUGUAUUUAAUAUUUGAAGUAACUAUACUUUAAUAACAGCUGGUAAUUAGGUAAACCUUAUUGUGUUUUGCCCUUUGAAUUACUUUUCUUCAGUUUUGCUCUCCUUUGGACUGUAGAUAGAUACUAAUGAAUUCUUUGAACUUUGUCAUAUAGGUUUUUAUGUACAAGAGUGCUGGUACUGAGUGUAUUUUGAACAUACUAUUACCUGGUACCUUGCUUGAUUUGCUUGAUUUGCCUUGGGGGAGGGUUAAAGAAUUAGAAUUAACAGCCUUUGAUUUGUUGGCCAAACCAUGAAUUUGACACUACCUAACGUGAUAUAUUUAUUUUCUGCUUUUCUGAUAUACUUGCCAUCAUAUCUAGAGUUUAAGCAUGAAUGUAAGGGCAUUUGUUUUACUUAGUUCGAGAUUCCAGUGCUAUAUCGUAUGCCAUCUUCAAAUCUCUGAACCAUCUUAUAUCUUGGUUUCAACAUCCAGCCAAUCUUGUCAUAUGCAAAGCUAUAGUAUCGGUUUGGUUUAUAUGCAAAGUUCCAACAUCUUAAUAUCGGUUUGGUUUGUAUAAAUUAUUGCCCUUCUUCUUUGUCGCAUCAAUGAACCACCAUUCAGUUCUCAUUUGUUUUUAUCUUUUUGCACAUUAGAGGCUUUUAAGACAAGGGAAGUUUGAAUGAGCAGUCGCCCUCUGGCUCCAAAUGAAGUGUUCGGAUUGGAAUAAAUGAAGUUUGAAGUGGAAGUUGUCCUUGCUUGUUUCGUUACUUUGAUUUUGAUUCAGCAAGUUCUUUGUGAUGAGUUUUCUAAGUCAUCUGGCACAAACAAAUGGACAUGCACAUGCUCUUCCUUGUAUCCUGGAAAACAAAGCGACGUUCUUAAAUCUAACUGUUCUAGAUCCUGCAAUUGCAGUCCAGUUCAACCAAAUGGAGAUAGAUGGAAAUGCUUAUGUGAUAGUGAUGGAUUCCCCAAAGUAGCAGUCGACAAUCGUGAUACUACCUGUUUUACUGCCUGCAACUGCACUGCCGGAUCCUUUUCUGAGGCGCCAGUGAGAAAGAACUAUGCUAACAGAGUUGUUGUGAUUGUUCUAUUACUCUGCGUAAUUCUCACAACGUUGGCAUUUCUUGCUUCGUUAACAUGCUAUUUCUACCAAAAGGACAAGUGCCCAAAGUGCCCCAUCCAACCGUCAACAUUCUCGUCAGAUAAAGAAACUAGUUGCAACAGUGCUACCAACUUAAUAAGUAACAAUACUUCAUCCGCAGAAACUAAGGCUAACAUCAGUUUCGCUACUAAACCCAUUGCAGGAUGCUUCCAAAAGGCUUCAAUCCUUUGUUGGAGCAAAACGGGGAACAUACUUGGAACAAUUUGCCAGUUUGCCUACUCUGAACUGGAAAUUGCAACCAAUAAGUUCUCAAAUUCCAAUCUAAUAGGACUUGGAGGAAGUAGCUAUGUGUAUCGGGGCCAGCUCAAGGAUGGAAGAAUUGUUGCAGUCAAGCGACUUAAAAUUCAAGGAGGCCCCGAUGCAGAUUCCAUCUUUUCAACCGAGGUUGAGCUGUUGUCAAGGCUGCAUCAUUGUCAUGUCGUGCCCUUGCUUGGUUACUGUUCAGAAUUCAGUGGGAAACAUGCCGAGAGACUGCUGGUAUUCGAAUACAUGCCUAAUGGUAAUCUGAGGGACUGUUUGGAUGGAAUUUCAGAGGAGACCAUGUCCUGGGAAACUCGUAUUGCGAUCGCUAUUGGUGCUGCAAGGGGCUUGGAAUAUCUCCACGAAGCUGCUGCUCCUAGAAUUUUGCAUAGAGAUGUAAAAUCGACGAAUAUUCUUCUUGAUAAGAACUGUAGAGCAAAAAUUACUGAUCUUGGUAUGGCCAAACGUUUAAGAGCUGAUGGACUUCCCAGCUGUUCGAGUUCUCCAGCGAGAAUGCAGGGAACCUUUGGCUAUUUUGCCCCAGAAUAUGCAAUUGUUGGAAAAGCCUCACCUAUGUCUGAUGUUUUUAGUUUUGGUGUAGUUCUUCUGGAACUGAUCACUGGUCGGCAACCCAUCCACAAAUCAAACAAUAAAGAAGAAAGUCUUGUCAUUUGGGCUACCCCUCGUUUACAGGAUAGUAAGCGAGUGACCUCGGAGUUACCUGACACACGUUUGAAAGGGAAUUUUCCGGAAGAAGAGAUGCAGAUAAUGGCUUACCUAGCAAAAGAGUGCUUGCUGUUGGACCCCGAUGCUCGACCAACAAUGAGCGAGGUUGUGCAAAUCCUCUCAACUAUUGCUCCAGAUAAAUCGAAACGAAGAAGUAUUCCUGUAAACUUUUACCCGAUGCCAUCCGCCUACAAAACGAAUAAUGAAGCUUUUCUCGAAAGACAUCAAACCGUAAUCGAGGAUUUAUAUGACGCAGAGGAACACAUGCCAAGUACAUCAAAGUCAGCAGAGAGCUCGCGGCCAUCAAGCAUGAAUGAUAUUAGAAUCGCCGGCAAACAAAUAGUUACCCUGCCUGCCGAGUGCAUGGAGAGGCUGGUUUCUUUGAGUUCCAGUACUAGGAGUUCGCAUGUCCACGAUGAUGAAGUGGUAGACUUAAUAGAGCCGUGGUUUGAAUCGUUCCGUAUGGCAAACCUUAAGUCCCAAUGAAAAGAACAAUCCAAGCUGACAAAGGUUAAUAUAUUUUACACCCAAGUUUGCAUUUUUGGUUUCUUCAUGGUGUGGUACAUUUGUAGAGGAAAUGAUCCAUUUGAAAAAUAGGCCAAAUGAAGAUUGUGAUAGAAUGAGGUGGAUAUAGUUUUACAUUGAUUGCAUUUCAUGCCUUUUUUGUACAGAACAGCUAUACAAAAUUGAAAAUUUCAAAUCAACAAAGUUUGUAGAGCAA